CACACAAUUGCAGAACCCGAUUGAGGACAAGACCUAAGUCUUCUCUCUCACAGGACUGAAGGCUGUAAAAAUGGAAGAGGUCUCCAUAUCAGUUGGCAAGUUUACUGUUGAUCUUUUCAACAAGCUGAACGAGACCAACAAGGGAAAAAACCUUUUCUUCUCCCCUUGGAGCAUAUCAGCUGCUCUGGCUCUGACAUACCUGGGAGCAAAAGGAACUACAGCAACUGAGAUGGCCGAGGUCCUUCAUUUCACCCUGGGAGCAGGAGCUGAAGCUUCUUCUUCUGUGGCCAGACCUUCUCGGGGGAGACCAAAGAGAAGAAAAUUGGAUCCUGAAAACAAGCAAGCUGCAGAUAUCCAUUCUGGCUUCAAGAAGCUCCUAACUGCCAUCAACAAAUCCAGAAGUACCUACUCCCUGAAAAGUGCCAACCGGAUUUACGUGGAAAAAACCUUCCUAUUAUUGCCUACAUACAUACAGCUCAGUAAGAACUACUACAAAGCAGAGCCACAGAAGCUUAACUUUAAGACAGCACCAGAAGAGUCAGGAAAGAAAAUCAACACUUGGGUUGAAAAACAAACUGAGGGCAAAAUCAAGAAUUUGCUGGGUCCACGAGAUGUGACAAACUCCACCAAGCUGAUCCUAGUAAAUGCCAUUUACUUCAACGCAGAAUGGGAAGUGAAAUUUAAGGCAGAAGAUACAGAGCUGAAACCUUUCCGACUAAGCAAGAACAAGACCAAGCCUGUAAAGAUGAUGUACAUGAGAAAAGCAUUUCCAGUUCUCAUCAUGGAAACAAUGAAUUUCAAAAUGAUUGAGCUGCCAUAUGUGAAACGCGAACUCAGUAUGUUCAUCCUCCUUCCUGAUGACAUCAAAGACAACACUACGGGUCUUGAGCAGCUGGAAAGAGAACUGACGUUUGAGAAGCUGUCUGAAUGGACUGAUUCCAAGAAGAUGACUGAGGCCUUUGUGGAUCUGUACCUACCUAAAUUCAAAAUGGAAGAGAGAUAUGACCUCAGGGAUAAUCUGAUCGGGAUGGGAAUGCGCAGUGCCUUCAGCAGCAAUGCUGAUUUCAGUGGAAUGAGUGAGAAGGAUAAAUUGAUGAUCUCCAAAGUUUUUCACAAGUCUUUUGUUGCAGUUGACGAGAAGGGCACUGAGGCAGCUGCUGCUACUGCUGUCAUUGUAGAACUAACAAGUGCACAUGUUAGCCGUGUUCUGGAAUUUAAGGUUGACCACCCUUUCUUCUUCUUCAUCAGACACAACAAGUCCAAGAGCAUCCUCUUCUUUGGUAGAUUCUGCUCUCCUCUAGAAUGAAUUAUUAUUUACUCUCAGAUAGCAACCAAGGUUCACUCUUCAAUGGAAAAAGUGAACUGCAGUGCUAAAAUCUCAGCCUUAAGCAAUGUAGCCACCUAUACUGAAAAUGCCUGUUCUUUUCUUUCUACCCAAUCCCACUCAAAGCAGGCAGCAUCCGGCAUCCAGAAGCCAUCCUGAACCACCAAAGAACACCCCUCUACUUCUCCUUUCUAUCAUCCUAACGAGACAAUCCUAAACAGAAAAGAAAGUGCAAAAUUUUGCUCCCUUUUAUCAAAUCUGCUCUUCUGGCUUUGUUGUUUAAAAAUAAGGUGGAAUGAUAAAAGCUCUCUGCACAAAUGCUAUCAUCUAGCCCUAUGUCAAAUGCUGACUUCAAGGGAAAUGCAGUUCAUUCUCUUGUCUCUCACAGAGAGAAAAAAGAACCCCGAAAAGAAAAAAAAAAACAACAAACUCGUAGAAAUCUGUAUGCUCUCUUUUGCUUUAUUUUCCUCACUAGGAAACCUGCAUUUGUGCUACAAUGCUAUUUCAUAACCUUAAUUUCUAAUUUCAAUGACUGUUGGAAAUUAACAAAAUUUAAUACAAAUUCAGAAUAAUUUCAGAAUGCCCUUUACCAUCCCGUCUCAUCAUAUGUAUAUAGGCACAUCACAUUCAUUCUCUCCUGCUCUUUCAGCUUGCUAAAAAAGUAAGACUGUGAGGGAAAAUUGUCCAACCCUUAAUAUUGAACUGCUGACUUCUAAUCACGUUGCAUUUUUUCCUUAUUUUUCUAAAUUUUGUAGUUGAAGGUUGCUGAGAUUUCUGACCAGCAAAAAUUAGCAACAUUCCUUCUUGCCAUCUUUUGUUGAUAUGUAAUCUAAACCUGUUGGAAUUUAAAUCUUCCUUUUUCAAUUUUACUGAUUUAUACCUGUUUUCUGGUUAAUACCUGCAAAGCUUCCUUGCCACCUGUAAUAUUGAUCAAUGUUUGAUGUAUACCUUAUGAGUGCAUCUCAGCAAAGAUGUUUGUGGUAUUGAUAGUGAACUUUUGAUUUUGAUUGACACUUUACUUAUUA